UACACCGUUCAAAGCUGGCCUUUCGGUGACUUCAUGUGUCGCUCAGUGCAUUUUCUUCAGUAUUCUAGCAUGAUAGCUAGUGUGCUGACUCUGGUAGCCAUGUCUGUGGACCGGUUCAUGGCUGUGUCCUUCCCUAUCCACACCAAAUUGGCCCGGAAUGUAGCGCCUGCGUUAAGUGUCUGUGCCAUCAUUUGGAUCAUCUCGUUGGCCAUGGCCAGUCCAUGGCCUAUCUUCUAUACCGUGAGGAUUUACACACAGUACGGACCGGAACCUAUACACAUAUGUGCUGAUGACUGGGGACACAGACGCAGUCAUCGACCUAUAUAUUUUCUUGUUCUGUUUUUUCUUGGAUACGCUAUUCCAUUGGUUGCUAUAUUUUUAUUUAGCACCAUGACCGUCUUUAAUCUCUGGGCGACGAAAGCCCCCGAUAGAACCAAUGUGAGUCAAGCCACAAAGAAUAAACGAAAAGCCACCCGUUUGGUGAUAGUGCUUGUAGCUGUGUUUGGCAUAUCUUGGUUGCCAUUUCACGUAACUUGGCUUUGGGCGAAUUACUUUCCUAGAUCUUUCUUGAAUACCUAUACCUUUUACUACUUAAGAGUUUUCUCCUUCGUACUUUCGUACACAAACUCGAUGGUAAACCCAUUUAUAUACGCAUUUUUCUCUCAAAACUUUCAACGCGCUUUCCGGAAGGCUAUUAAGUGUUGCGAAGCGAAGAGAAGAAAACGAGGUGAAGGAGGAAUGAAUAUGUCAGAGUAUGGACGCAGUUCAAUGAACGACGACCACGUCUGCCUCCAUUCUAUGAGUCACUUAGAGGAAACCGAAGUGGAUCACAUGAUUAUGGAAUACAAUAGCAGUCACAGAUACCACACUGCUCGCGCAAAAUUGCCGCACGUUAAAAGUCGAUUCCAUUGAUUCUUUGCCAGUCGUUUUGGAUAAAGGGCACGUCAUGGGGUACUGAUAUAAAUGAAUUUCUGACUAGCCACGUCCUUCCAAGUUGGCAACUUUCCAGACCAUUUUGGCUUAUUAAUUAAAACAUUUUCACAGCUAAGUGCCUACGUGAAAUACCUUUCACAUCCGUACUAUUCCUCACCAAACGUUUUUGUCGAUGGAAGUAAUGUUCACUGGCUUCCCACCAAAGGAGCACUCCUCAGUGUUUGUGCAGCUUGCCAUCGGUGUAAAAUCCUGCAGAAGCGGUCUUGCUCACGUUAUAGCCUAUUGUGUGAUCACAGUCGAUAUGUUUGUUUGAGUAAAUUCUGUUUUAUAUCCAGCCAGGCGAGCAAUUGCUUCGUUUUGCCGAAGUCAUUCAUUCCUUGCUGGGUAAUCACUUGGUCGCCAAUAUUUAUCGAUGUACUUACACUCAAGGGUUUGCAGUUAAUCGCUACCGGACAGUGAGUUGACCUGAGAUCAGUACCAUUCAGCGGAAGUACACAUGGUUUCAGCUGUAAUAAAAAUGGUCAGCUCGGUUCAUUUGUGGAAAAUAUCAGAAGGUCUAAGGGCGAAAUCAGUCAACAUUUUCCUCGUAGCGCUCCAACUUACUGUAGUAUGAUAGCCUUGGAUCCAUGAAUAUCCAACAAACACGUAAACAUAUACAGACUCUUUCAGAUAAUUGAUAAAUGUGCUUCCAAGUCUAAUCGAUGAAGCCAUUUUGAUUAGGUACUUUUUUCAGACUUUAAAUUAAAUAAUUUGUUAAGAUUUAUCACGUGUAUGAGGUAAAUCCAUAGUAUUUAUGCAUUUCUCUGAAACGUUAAUUGUGAUUUUUAGCAGCAAUGUUGGAAAGCAACAUAUGAAAUCAAGAUUUUUUUUCAAGAGGGUGGUGAUGUUUCUAGGUGCGUUUUAUAAAUAUGAGAGAUGGAUUAAAGAUGAUAUACAAAACCACCACUGCUCAUUUUGACACUUUUUCACAUUUUUCAACCUUCCUAACUUGUCAUACCGAUAAGACUUCUAUUUGUAUAAAUCCCUGUGAUAUAAAUUACCAUUAUAAUGUGUUGUAAUGCAUAUUGCUGAGAAUAAAGUUCUGCUCUUUCAGAUAUUUACGAAUGAACUUCAGGGGUAAAUUUGAAAAUUUUGUGCGUACAUUCUUCCAUAACACAUGAAGAAAAUGAGCAGACUUUAGUCAGUUGCAAAUGGUAAGUCUUUCACUGCAAAAUGUUCCUGUUGAGAUAUACUAACUGAAAAAUGCAUGCAAAACCAUGGCAGUAUAUUCUAAAUUGACCAUGUGUUAUUUCAACGCAUUAAUAUUGUUUUCUUUGCCUUGAGAUAUU